AUGAGCACCUCUCACAGCUCCGCUUCUACCAAUGAGACUCCAGCCCGGCCCAAGACCGUCGACAGCCAGGACGCAUUCAGAAAUGGGCCUCAAGCCCCGACGGACACUCCACAGGCGUUAGCCGAGUACGGCGAAUACCUGGGUCGAUGCAUUGCCAUGGCUGACAGCGAACCCGCCACCGCGCAGACGGGGAAGAAGCGGAAAUGGGCUUCUGUGCAAAAGACGUGA